GCUGCGGAAAACUAUCGAUAAACCGAGCGGGACCCCCGGACUGCAGAGUGCACAUCUCUCUCCAAAGACCACUUCCAGGAGAAGACUGCAACCCUCACCCUGCAAGGACUGACAUCACUGAAGGCAGUGCGCGGCUGCACAGUGUCCCAUGGCUGUGCAGGAGCUGGGCAUCAGCCUGUCCAUGAUGGGCGUGGCUGGGACCAUCCUGAUCUGUGCCCUGCCCAUGUGGAAGGUGACGGCGUUCAUCGGCACCCACCUGGUGGUCAUGCAGGUGUUCUGGGAGGGUCUGUGGAUGACCUGUGUGAGUGAGUACACAGGCCAGAUGCAGUGUAAGCUGUACGACGCUCUGCUGGACCUGGCCCCCGAUCUGCAGGCGGCCCGCGGCCUCAUCUGCAUCAGCCUGGUGCUCGGGUGUCUGGGGUUCCUCAUCUUCCUCCUGGGGGCACGCUGCACCAACUGCCUGAGCCACCCGAGGUUCAAGGCCCGGGUGGUGCUGGGCUCCGGGGCCAUCUUCUGCCUGGCGGCCCUCACCACCAUAGUUGCUGUUUCCUGGUCGGCCAACUCCAUCAUCAGAGACUUCCACAACCCACGCGUCCCUGAGGUGCUGAAGAGGGAGCUGGGGGCAGCCAUUUAUAUUGGGUUUGUGUCAUCUGGGCUGCUAUUCUGCGGGGGGGGCAUUCUGUGCACCAGCUGCCCCCCACAGAGAGGCAGGUUUCCCUCCAGUGGGUACACACUGGCCAGGAAACCCACACACAGCAGCUACGCCUUCAAGAACUACGUUUGACCUGAGGACUGGAAACAUUACACCACUUAAAUAACCAGUGUGGGAUUUAGUGCCAUAAGAAGGCAGAUUGCAACCAACUGAAAACCCCUACAUUCCUCCAACCUAGGGGUCUCAAACUCAAUUUCAUCACGGGCCACAUCAGCAUUAUGGUUGCACUCAAAGGGCCGGUUGUAACUUUAAGACUAUAUAAAAAUACAUAUAUAAAUAUAUAAUAUAUAUAAAAUAAUGUAUUAUAUUACAUUAUUGCCUCUGCAUUGGAUUAUUAUCGGAUAGGGUAAUAACUUCAUAAUUAACAACGUCUGAAAGCAGAAGUCUUGGGCAAAUAAUUGCAAGUCUCUUCAUUGCGCAUGUCACAAAAUGAGAUGCAUUGUGGGACAUGUAGUUUAUGGGCAACAUGCUUCUGUAAAGAGGCAUGUAGCCGUAUAAUAUACAUAUUAUAUUCUUUGCAAGCUCUUGCGGGUCACAUAAAAUGGAGUUCGGGCCGGACUUGGCCCGCAGGCCUUGAGUUUGAUACCCCUGCUCUAACCCCUCCCAUUCCAUUCUUUUUUGUCAUUGGUUCAAAAACAUACAAUGAUAAGAACAACAGAGAAAUACCCAACAAUAAGUCUUUAAAAACAAGGUGGCGUAGAACAUUUGAUACAUACACAACAAAGAUAGAACAAAAUAACAAUAAAAGGAAAAAUGUGCCAUGAACUUAGUUUGUGUGUUGAUAGUUUCUUGUUUUAUUCUGAAGCGUGUUCCCUCUUUGUGUCUUGUCUGGUUAAACUUCCUGUAUUUUAUGCUCCGGCCACACGAGGACGAAAACGGUCGUUUGCGUUACUGUUUAGUGUCAUAUAGACCGUUCGGCCACACGAG